AUGCGGUCCCAUACGCAGAGACACAGAAGUGGUCUUCGUGCCCCACGACCUCAUUUUCCCCCGGACAUUGAACCAUUUUCUGACGACGAGCCUGACAACGAAGCUGAAGAUAUUUCUUUCAACAACAUCGAUGAUAAUGGUAAUAGUGGUUCUGUUGAUUUAAGUAGUUACAGAAAUGCCAGCCAUCGCAGCUGUCCUGUUUGCAAACAUUACGAGUUUAAUGCCGUCGUCUUACCGUGUGGACACACAGCUCUGUGUUUGAAAUGUGCCUUGAAAUAUUAUUAUCACCAGAGGAAAUGUCCCGUAUGCCAGAAAGCGAUCUCCACCGUCCAUCGAAUAUAUCUAUAA